AUGAACAGUUCAAUAGAAAUUCGGAGAGGUCAUGUUUUUCGAGCUCACAACAAAUGGACCCAUGACAAGAACGGGGCAAACAAUAACAACUUUCUACUGCUACUCAAAAGAAGAAAGGGUCUUCUCGAAAGUGACGCUAAGGGGCUGUGGGUGUCAGCUCCUAAAUGUGCAUCUUUGCACACGCCAUACAUUUGGAUAAAAGGGGAGGUGACUGCAGAGGAGAUCCUUCCAGUGGGGAGGACACAAUCCAUUUCCUGCGCAAGCAUUCGGUUGGAAGCUCAAACCCCGUCUUUUUCCUUUAGGGCCCUCCUUGCCUGGGAGAGCCCUGGGAUACCGCUCUCCUCCAGCCAGGAGAGGGAAAUGAAACACCAGUCCACGGUGGCCGAGUUGGCGGGCAGCCAUGCCCCUGAGAGCAAGAUUUGGAAUGCAAUUUACCCCAGUGAAGCCUCUUCCCUCUACUAUAAAGAGCAAAAUAAGUGCUCCUUUAGCGAUGUCUCCUCUUCACGACAGAGGACUCUGAAUGUCACACUGAAAAUUAAGCAGAAGGAUUGUAACUUGAAGCUAGUUGUACCUCUUGUGGCACACUUCACACUUGUCAAUAUGUCCGCCUUCCCCAACAGACUGGGUCUUAGUGUGGGUUCCCCAGAAGACCCUGAGAUAGGAGACAGAGUGCAAGUGGUUGCUUUAGGAGAUGAUCUCUGGAAACACCCGGAGAGGAGUGGGGAAAGAGGCCCAAUGGCCAGUGUUCACCCCACUGUCCCCGGGGCACCGUCGCCUUACGAUGCCAGCAGCUGUGACUGUCAUCUCUGCCGGAACACUGACCUCCCUCCUCUGGGUGUCCUUCAGACACAUUCAAAUAACGGUGCUCAGGUGGUGGAGUCUCUGAUGUGGCUCCCAGAUCCCCCUUCAGAAGGAAAGAAAGAUUAUUCCCCUAGCCUAUCUGUAGCAGAAAGCCUAGUGUCUGAUCAUUCAGCCUUCAAGGUGCAGGGAGGAGGAGAGCUAUUCCAGUCAGGGUGGUCAACAAAGGUUUCCCUGAGGAAGCAGCAGUUGCGCAAAGACCUGAAGGAGAUGAGCAGCCGUUCUAAGCGCAUGAAGUGCGUCUGUAGCUCUGCUAUAAUGUUUGUGAGCCUCAGAAAUGGCAGACAGCAGAGAAGCGAAGCUGGUGACAAUCGAACGGUGCUGUCUCCAUUUCGCCAUUCUUUCUACAAGCUGUUGACAAGGACGGAUGGCUUUCGAUAUUUGUCCCCAGGCUUUGCACUUUCCGACCGUGUUGAAAAUCGCACGCAAAUCCCCAUGUCAGCAAAUGGCCUCCUUUUGAUAAAAAUGACUUUGUUUCCUACGAUGGAAAACAAGGAUGAAAGCAUCCGGUUCACUGUGAACACAGACAAUAAGACGGGGUUAUUGAAACAUUAUCACAUUUCUGUCCCACUCUGUCACAAGCAUUGGGCAACAGUGUCAUCGAACAAGGCCAAGGCCUCAGGCCGCAGACCCAAGAACCUGAUUUGUGUGGACAUUGCUCCUGGCCCCCAGUCUGAGAUACAUCCUCAUACUCAUCAAGCUCAUGGAACCAAAAUGAAACUGCCAUGUAAGAACCCAGCUUACCUUGCUCAGCAACAGGAACCCUGGAGUCGGCUCAGCUCAACUCCCAUGAUCACCUCCAUGAGGCGGGAUGUUUAUUUUUUUGAUCCUGAGAUACCAAAGGAUGACCUGGAUUUCUGCUUAGCAGCCUUGUACAACCACCACACAGGGACAUUCAAGAACAAAAGUGAGAUACUCUUACACCAGGAGACCACCCAGGAUACCCAUGGAAUCAUCAAGACCCAAUUCCCUGGAGAACUUUUACCCCCUCCUCUGCCACCUUCCAUCACUUCCCUAGCUAACAUCAGACACUGGAUCAACCCUAAGAAGGAGUCUAUCCACAGCAUUCAGGGAUCCAUAGUGUCCCCUCACACUGCAGCCACCAAUGGAGGCUACUCCCGAAAGAAUGAUGGUGGCUUCUUCUCUACCUAA